CUGAAAUCGCCAUUUUGUAAUUCUGAACAUGUUGAUUUGUUCGCGAAGAUGUAUAUCCGUACGCAAUUAAUUAAUUUUAAGUAGUUUAUUUUAAUAAUCGUAGAUUUAUAAAAGCAAAUAAAACAAAAUGGAUACGCCGGAAGUAAAAGCGUUCAACGCGGAGCUAUCCGGGUUGUACGAAAACAAGCCACCCAUCUCUAAGGCUAAGAUGAGUGCUAUCACCAAGGGUGCUAUAAAAGCCAUAAAGUUUUAUAAGCACGUAGUUCACAGUGUGGAAAAGUUUAUACAAAAGUGCAAGCCAGAAUACAAAGUUCCGGGGCUUUACGUGAUAGAUUCUAUAGUGAGACAGUCGAGGCACCAGUUCGGGCAAGACAAGGAUGUCUUCGCUCCGAGAUUUGCGAAAAACAUGCAACAGACCUUUGCCAAUCUGUUCCGAUGCCCGCCUGAGGAUAAGCGUAAUAUAAUUAGGGUUUUAAAUUUAUGGCAAAAGAAUAAUGUCUUUGGCCCAGAAGUUAUCCAGCCUUUACUGGAUAUGGCCGAUCCUAACCAUCCUCUCCAUCAGGAAAUACAGCAGCAGCAAAAUAACACAGCCAAUGGAAGUAGUUUAAAUAUAACUCAUAAUUCAACAGAUAACAAAAUGUCUCCACAACGGCAAGACAGCCCACAUGCCUCCUCACCUAUGGGCGGAGAUCAGUUCCAGGACGAACCGACCGGUAUACCCGUGGCCAAGUUCAACCGGAAACUGCUCAACGACUUUGAGUAUGAGAGCGAGGACGACGCGAACUCGGACCCGCCGCCGCAGCACUCGCACUCGCAGCACAACCAGCACUCCUCGCAGAACACCAACCUGCCACAGAACCCUGCUGAUGCUUUGGGCAGUAUAUUAACAAAUCCUGAGAUUAUGAGGCAGUUGCAGAGUUUGCAAGCCCAAAUGCAAAUGAUGACUGGAGUACCUAUUUCUAAUUUAAUGCCAAUGAUGUCUGAUAUGUCACAGCAAAACCAAAAUCAGAAUCCAUUCUUAAACUUGCAAAACAAUCAGAAAGAUCAGCAGAAAUCUACAGAGACGAAGGAUGACAUGGCCAACGAGUCUGACAUAGAGUUUGUGGAGACCGGCCCACAGGUUAUUGAGAUACCAGACGCUAAUGACUCCAGGUCACCUUCACCGGUGCGUCGUCAUCGCUCGCGGUCGAGAUCGCCGCGUCGCCGCCGCCGGUCGCGCAGUCGCUCGCCGCGACGCCGCCACGGACGAGAGAGGGACCGGGACAAAGAUAGAGAAAAAAGUCACAAAGAGAGAGAAGCCGAAAAGGAGAAACAACGGGAACGAGAGAAAAAAGGACUGCCUCCCAUCAAGAAGGAAAAUCUAAGUGUGUGCAGCACUACGCUAUGGGUGGGCCACCUCUCCAAGUUGGCCACGCCCGAAGAGCUAUCAGAUCUGUUCGGCGCGUUUGGGGGCGUGGCCUCCAUUGACGUGGUCGCGCCGCGUGGCUGCGCGUUUGUCGUCAUGGAGAGGAGGCGAGACGCGGCGCGGGCUAAGGCGAAACUGGACAAACAUAAGCUGCACUCGAAAGAAAUAACGGUAGCAUGGGCGGCGGGCAAGGGCGUGAAGGGGCGCGAGUGGGCGGACUAUUGGGAGGCGGGGCUGGGCGUGGCGUACCUGCCGUGGGCGGCGCUACACGCGCGCUGGCGGCUCGGCGCGCUGUCGCUCGACGCGCUCGAGGACGGCGGCGCGGUGGACGAGGAGACCCUGCCACCGUGGUUGCCACCCCGGAUCCUGCCGAAGGCUAGUGACAACGUGAUGAUGGUGGGCAUGGGGCCGAUGGGCGCGCCGCUGCCGCUCGCGCCGCCUGCCGUGCCGCUGCCCGUGCCUCGCCUGCCGCCUCCUGGGCUCACACCGGGCAUACCGCCAGGCAUGGCUCCGGGCAUGCCGCCUGGGAUGAGACCACCCAGCAUACCUACAGGAGUGCCCGGUCUACAGCGUGAUGGGUCCCUGCCGCCGGGUCCGCUGCUGGGAUUCCCGCCCGGGAUGCCGCAGCCGGGCAUGGUGGGCGGAUUCCUGGGCGGUCUGAUGGGCAUGGGCAUGGGCGUGGGCGGGCUCGUGCUGCCGAUGCCGGCGCCCGCGCUGCCGCCGCCGCAGCAGCAUCAGGGCGCGGGCGCCGGUGCGGGCGCGGCGCAGGAGGCCUCCGACGACGCGAUGGAGCUCGACACGGACGAGGGCGAGCGCCCCGACCCGCCCACACUCACCGCUGAUCAGAUCCAAGCGAUGCUGUCGAAGCCCCCGCCAAUGUUCAACUCCUCGGAGCCGCCGCCGGGUUUCUCGGACACCGCGCAGCCGGACACGUCGCAGCCGCCGCCCGACGACCGACACAAGGACCGCCGCGACCGGGGCGACAGUCGCGGUGACCGGGGCGACAGGCGCGGCGACCGCGACCGAGACCGACGCGACCGGAGAGAUCGACCCAGGGAGAGGGAACGGGAGCGCGAUGACCGGCGCGACCGCGACCGGCGUGACCGUGACCGCGGCCGUGACCGUGACGCUGACAGACACCGUGACAGGGGCAACAGGGACGCACCCAACAGGGAGCGCAGCCGCGAGAAGUCCCCGCGCGGCGAGAAGAGUCUACAAGAGAGGUUGUGGGAGAUGGCCAACGGCGACGCCGCGCCGCCCGCCGCGCCGCCGCCCGCGCAGUCGCAGCCCGCAGACGUGUCAGAUGAGAACUCGGUUGGAGCGGAGGCGAAGGGCGGCGAGGGAGGGUGGAGCCAGCUGCCGCCGCCCCGGCAGGCGCCGCCCAUGUUCCGCGCCGAACUGAGAAUGAGAGGGCCUACAGCUAGGGCACCGAUACGAGGACCGUGGAUGGACCUCCAGGGGCCGCCGGGUCCCUUCGGCCCCCGGUUCAACGGGAUGGGCCCGCCGUUCUCGCGACCCCCGUUCGAGAGGCCGCCAUUCGAUGGGCCGAUGUUCGAGCGGCCCCCCUUCAACCGUAUGCCAUUUGACGGUAACCGGCCGCCUUUCGACGGCCCGCGGCCUAACUUCGACGGCCCGCGGCCUAACUUCGACGGUCCGCGGCCUAACUUCGACGGACCCCGCCCGCCCUUCGACGGACCUCGACCACAGUUCGAUGGGCCGCGCCCGCACUUCGACGGACCGCGACCACCUUUCGACAGCCCGCGCUCGCUGUUCGACGGGCCCCGGCCCAAGUUCGACGGACCUCGUCCGCCUUUCGACGGGCCGCGGCCUCCCUUCGACGGACCCCGCCAUCCAUUCGACGGGCCGCGGUCCUCCUUCGAUGGCCCGAGACCCCCGUUCGACGGGCCCCGGCCCCCCUUCGACGGCAACCGGGGCUUCGACGGCGACAGGUCCUUCGAUGGGUUCGACGGGCCCGCGGAUAACUUCGACCGGGGUAACAGGAGAUUCGACGACCGCGAGUUCGACAGGGGGUGGAGCGGGGAGCGGGACAGGGAGUGGGGUGACCGCCGAGGCGAGUGGGACGAUCGCCGCCGUGACCGCCGGCGGGAUGACCACCGGCGGGACGAUCGCGCCCGACGCGGGUACGACCGACCCGACGACCGCCGCCCCCGCGACGACAAGAGGGACGACCGACGAGACGAAAAGAGAGACGACAAGCGCGACGACAAGAGGGAGGACAGGCGAGACGAUAGGAAGGAGGAUAAGCGAGACGAAAAGAGGGAGGACAAACGAGAGGAGAGGAGCUCCAGGAGAGAUAAGGACAGGAAGUCCCGGUGGGGCGCCGCGGAAGCCGAGGAGGAGGCGCGGGCCGACGACACCGCCGAACAAAAACAGUCGCAGCCGCCCCGGGCCGAAACCAGUACCGAUACGCAACAUGCGAGUGAUAGGAGUGCUCAGGUCACGAGCAAUGAUAAUAAGUAUGACCCCACGGCUCCAAACGAUGACAAAUAUGAUCCCACGGCCGCGGACGGUAAUAAUGAAUAUGACCCCACGGUUAUUACCGACAGCGAAAAAUAUGAGCCCGCAGCCGCUGAAAGCUGUAACAAGUACGAAUCUGCAGCAGAUAGUAACGAUAAAUAUGAAUCCCCUGUUGUCGAUGAGCCCAUGGCUGUUGAGCAAGCAUUUGAGAAUCAUAACGAUAAUGCAGAGCGGGACCGACGAGAGGAGAAAGAAAAUGAACCCGCGCAGAUGGAAAGUCAGAGUCAUACAAACGAAGACGCGAGAGAGCAGGACAGAUGUACGGAGGAAAGGAGCAACGAUAGAGUCAAUGAUCAAAUUACAAGCAAUGAUAAUAGCGAGGUCGAACCGCCGAAACCGGUUCUCGAUUUGUACGACGCCAACGAGUCGGUGGACACCAGUUUUGCGGUGCCCGUCGCGAAAGAGACGGAGGCGAAAAUAGAGAGCAGUGCGAAAGAGACGGACGACGGCGAUAUGUUCAGUGAACGGACCAAGAGUGAGGCUUGACACGCGAAGAAGCGGAAGUUUGGAUAUUUCCAGUGGAAUUGAUUCAGUGACGGCCGCCUACGGUAUAUGUUUUGUUAUACUGCCCGACUGGGAAUUUAGAAAACCACGUCAUUUGCGACACGCAAACCUGAAAUGUUGAUUUUUAACCCCAUUUUGCCACUCUUAAUUGAAAUGGCAUUAAUGUUAAAUCGAUUAUCUUAGAUCUCAAUCAAUUAUAAGCUCAAUUUUCAUAUCCUAAAGUAUUACUGCAGAUAAAUAAGCGAACUGAGUAUGGUUUUCUAUAUUCCUAGUCAGGAUUUACUUCAAUCACAGAGGAAACAUGUUGCAAGGUGAUCGAAAACAUAUCCGACUUUAUAUGUGACAAAUUUAAAUUAAUAUGACACAUUUAUUUUUGUUUUAUACUAAUUUAGGGUGUUUAAAUUAUUACAAUAAUGAACAGGAAUUUGUCACAUGUAAAGCACGGAUAGAAAAGUAGUGGCGAAUUAAUAAUUAACUAUAUCAGUAAAUUCACAAACUAUCUUUUUAAACAUGACAUCAUUAUUUUAACUUUUUAUAGUCCAGAAGUUAACUUUUCUGUAAAAAAAAUACUUAUCGCCACUUCUUUAUAAGUUUCUGACGCCAGCAGUAUGUUACACUUUUUAGAAAAGUAUGUAUCUUCGGCGAAAGAUUUAGAGAAUGCUUAAACUAAAAUCUAUUCUAUUAAAAUAGUGGCAUCGUAUAAAAUCAUUGAACAAAGUAUAUUAAUAAGUUUAUUUAACUAAUUAAUUAAUAAACUAUUAAAUUAUCACAUGAUAUUAUAUUAUUGAACAAUUUAAUAUUGCUUUUUCAAUUUGCGCGUGGAGAGUUAAAUUUGGAAAUCGCGAGUUUUUUUAAUAUUGUAAAAUAUGAUUAAUGUGAUUUUACUUUUGCCACGACGAUAUUUUUUUAUUUAUAAAGUAACUGAAUCUUUUGCCGAGCAUCAUAGGGUAUUGUAGGAAACGGCGAGUAUCACCGACAACGCCAAAGAUUAAUCUUAUACAGUCAUGUUGAAAUAUACGAGUGCCUUAUUGGUCCCGAGCGUUUUGUUUCGACCCAGCCGCCGCAGCCGCAGGUACGUGCCCGCUACGACCGACGCUAUCUCUUUCACACCACUGUCUUAUUUCAUAGGCUGUUUCAUUCCCACUGUGUUGCCAGUAGUUUCCUUUUCGACUGUCUAAACAUUUCUAAGAUUAGGUUAGAAUAACUUUCUUUUACCAUAAAAUGGUGUACAAAUUUUAGUUAAAUGUAAUUUGCAUUUUUAAAAUCUAUUUGAAAUGAAUUUGGAAUUAAUUCUUUAUUAAUCAUUUUAUAUAUUUUUUUGAUCUUACUAGUUGCUGGAUUAUAGUUAUCUUGUAUUUAUUAAAGUCAUUUAAUUUCAAAGAGAUGUUUUGUUAGUUUUUGAAGAUUAGUUUUUCACAGAGCGUCGGUCGUGUCACAGUCACUAAAGCAAUCGUCUUUUCACACUGUACCAUAAUAUUGCAAUAAACGCACCUCAUAUCGUCACAAAUUUAUUAUAUUGUUGAACAAAAUUAUGUAAAUAUGUAUGAACAUUUGGUGAUUGUGCAAUAUUUUGUCGAAGCGAUUGCUUUAGGCGGGCAACAUUUUUUACUAUCGAAUCGUGUCGCAAUGGAAAGUUUUGUUAAACAAAUAUUAUAGAAUUUCGAUUGCGACGCGAUGUACCACUAGCAAUGUGUGCAAAGGCCUCGUCACUGGAUCUCGCUGGAAAUAUUUGGAACUCUCUAGAAGAACGAAGACCUUGUGUCAGAGCUGGGGGCUUAUACAAAGUGCAAUGUCGAAACAAAACCGAAUUCAAAAAGAAUAAAAUGUAUGAGAGUGUAGUGGUAUCAUAAAUUUUAUAACUAUCUAAUUUGUUAUUGUUUAUAUAUUUUCUCUUUGGCUAAGCCCCGGGUUACUGUACUACGUAGAAGGGUGACCAUAUUGUCGGUCGACCGCUGUACUUUAGCUUGUGUUUUUUAUUUUACUUAUUGGUGAGGGUGGGUUGGUACCCUAUAAAUAACAAAUUUAAAUUAUAGGCAUAGCAAUAUUCGUAACGAAUAUAUAAUAGUUUAGGAAAAUAUUUACUUUUAAAGCGUCGACUCAGCUGUUUAUAUUUGUUGUAAUAUGUGUAAACUGUAAUGUAAUUAUAUAGGGCAUAGAUAUUUGAUAAUUCGUGAAUCACACUAUAGCUUAUUGUAGAUAAGCAUCAAAUUGCAUGCGAAAUGUUUUCAUAAUUAAUGUGCUUAAAAUAAAAUUUUAUAAAUUCA